GGCCAUGAGUCAAAGGACUGGACGAAAGGUGUGUCUUUAUGUGGUGUCGAAGCCUGCGAUUUCCUACCUAAAGCGGUUUCUUAUUCCCUUUCUCAGAAUUGCUGCAAAAUGUCAUACCCUCGAUUAUCUCAAGCUCCGUCAUUGGAUUGCGGAGAUUGACAUGUUUACCUCGCGUUUCCUUUCACGCUGCUGNCGAAUCGUGGUUUCAUGUUCUUACGCUGAUUCGAAAGACUCGAGUUUGCAAGAUCCCCUCAUGAUGUUAGCUGGUUACGAGACGAACGCUCGCGAGUAUGUAUUCAGGGGCCUGUUCAAGAAAGCUAGCGACAGCUUCGACGCGGAGGAGUACGAAGAGAGCGAGCGUCUGUGCCGUCUGCUUUUGAGCUAUACUGACCUUAGCAUCUUCCACAAGGCAGGAUGCCAUCGUAUUCUUUCGCUCGGCGACACAGACUUUCUCUGGCAUGCUGAACAAGCCAUGAACCUGUACGAUCAGCUUUUCUAUCCAGACGGCAAAUCUACUGGGGACCAUCUUCUUAGCGAUGCGCAGAUCGAAACACGCAACAACAUGAUCGAGGAUGCUCUCAGAAAUCUUGCCCAGGCUGAACGAGAUCAUGUUGAGAUACAAUGCGACUACGCUGAGCGAUACGAGCGUUUCAGAGCUAUAUACGGUCACGAGCCUACAGCAAAGGAUGUCAGCAAAGCCUGUUUGUAUCGGCACAGCAAGAGGUACCUCCAGGCUGUCAACGGAUCGGCACAGAGUUACGACUUGUUCAUCGAGAAAGCUUUCGGACCGCAACAGAUGGAUGAGAACAAGGAUUAUCACGACAAAGGCGAUGCCGAAGAAGGU